AUUAAUGGACAGAAAUUAAACGGGUUCAAUUGGGCUGUAUUGGUCGCUGGGGCGCAUACAUGGACAAACUACAGACAUCAGGCUAACAUCUAUCACGCGUACCAUUUGAUCAAAAGCCAUGGCAUUCCUGACAGCAAUAUAAUUGUCAUGCAUUACGACGACAUCGCACACCACGACAGUAACCCAACGCCCGGUGUAGUCAUCAAUCAGCCCAACGGUACUAAUGUCUACGAAGGAGUGCCCAAACACUAUACGGGAGAUGCUGUGAGCGCCAAAAAUUUUCUAAGCGUUAUGAAAGGGGACCCAUUAUUGGCAUUAAGCGGGAAGAAAGUGCUUCGCAGCGGACCCCUGGAUAAUGUGUUUAUAUACUUCUCCGAUCACGGCGGACAUGUUGCUUUUGCGAGCGAUUACUUAUACGCCAACGACUUGAACGACGCGUUGCAAUACAUGUAUCGCAGGAAAAUGUAUUCACGGCUUGUCUUCUAUAUGGAGGCGUGUUAUUCGGGCUCGAUGUUUGAUCAAUUUUUACCAAAUAAUAUCAAUGUUUACGCUAACACUGCAGCCAACACUACUCAAUCAAGUUAUUCACGUUAUUACGAUAGUUAUCGUAAAACUUGGCUUGGUGAUUCAUAUAGUUCGCACUGGAUGGAAAACAGCGAGGCCAGCAAUUUGGCAGAGGUGACACUUGAGAAUCAGUAUGAACUUGUUAAGAACAUUACCACUACAUCGCAUGUUCAGCAAUAUGGUGAUAUGAAAGAAAGUAAUCUACCACUAUCGCUGUUUUUGGGAUCAAAACAACCAUCUAGUUUAGGUGCAAAGCCGACAAAUGAUCUUGAUGCUGUCGAUGCCACUGAUGUGCCCAUACAUACCCUUAACCGAACCAUUGAGAGCACCACUAAUAGUACUGAACGUGAAAUCUUGGUCGAGCAAUUGGCGAUGUACCUAGAGGCCCGAGAGUUCCUGAGGUUUCACCUUGCCAAAUUAGUUGAUCAUGUUAAAGACUUGUUGGAAUUGGAGGCCAUCGAUGACAUUAUGGACAACACCAGACGUGUGCUAACGAGGGUUAACAUUGGCUGUUAUCGCACAGUUGUCGACACUUUUAGUGACAACUGCUUUGGUUUGACUCAACCAAAAUUGGCUAAAAAAGUAGCGCAACGUUUGGUAUUGUAUUGUCAACAAUACCUGUCCGAAGUGUCCUAUGGGUCUAAAGGGUCCAAACAAUCCAAAGGAUCUAAAGGGUCCGAAGGGUCAAAAGGGUCUAAAGUAGCGGUGGGGAACCUAUGUCAACACUAUACAGAU